ACCCUACUGCCAACAAAAUUAUUUGGGCAGGUAAGUUGAAACACCUGUGUAAAUAAUGUUCCACUGCAUGUUUCACUUGGUGGAACAAAUUCUAUACUAUUUGAGCGCAAUGAAAAUGUUAAGACGUGCGUUAAUUUUAAUUAUAAGUUCAUUAUUUUAUGCAAAAUGCGCGGCACAAAGUAUACAUGAGACGGAUCUUAACUUUCGGAUAGAACCGGGCUCCAGAAUGUGUUUCUUUGAGAAAGGAAAAUCGGGCCAAAUGAUGGAGGCCUACUAUCAGGUGUUAGACGGGCAGCACGGCGACUUGGACAUCACCUUCGAAAUACUGGACCCUAACGGAGAGAAAAUCGUUCACGACUAUAAAAAGGCGCAGAAUUCAAUCAUCAGGGAUUUAAAAGUGGACGGUGAUUACGUAUUUUGCAUGGACAAUAGUUUCAGUAUGAUGAACUCCAAGCUCGUGUUUGUGUAUGUGAUGAUAGAAGACAAGGAGAAAAAAGAGGAAGAAAUUGAAGUAGCUGUGGAAGAGCGGGACGGGGAGCACAAAGAGGAGCAAGUGUUAGAGUGGGAGGGGGUUGACGAACAUGGUAACGCUUACUACGUCGAAGUCGAUCGUAUAGUCGACUCACUGAAACUGACGCUGAAGCACGUGGUGAAGGCGCGCCAUAUGCUGGAUUUGUAUAGCGCGGUGAAAUCGCGAGACAGCUACCUGGCAUUCGAAGAGACCUUCAUAGUGGAUAUCUGGUCCGCGUUUCAGAUUAGCGUCAUGUGUUUGGUUGGUCUCAUUCAAGUUUAUAUGAUCAAGAAGUUGUUCCAUAGAAGUAGUGAUCGUUUAAGUGAUUUUUAUUAAAUCGCGCCUGAUAUAGUUCCAAGUCUUACGUUUAUUUUACUAAAUAUCUCGACUAUUUUCAUUCCUAAAACAGCCCUCGUAGGCUCGACGCGGUUUUUAUCGCGCAUACAACUAUCGCUGUCAUAAUAAACAGGGAAACAGCGGUAUAGUUCUUAUACAUACAUACAUAUAUUCACGUCUAUAUCCCUUGCAGGGUAUACACAGCCAAAUCUUGAAAUGACUGAUUGGCCACAUUCAGCUGUUUGGCUUAAUGGUUUUUCGCGCGAUAAAAAACCGCGUCACGCGUACUAUGCUCCGGGGGAAGAACUCUCUAUUUAUUGAUACCUGGCAGUCCAGCCGCGAACACUUCGGAUUUUCCUUUCUUGGGUCCGCUGAUGUAAUAUUUUAUAAUACGGAAGCGCGACGUCUCCGAUGCCACCACAAACUGUUUGUCUGGAGAAAUGGCCACACCAUUUGCAAACCACAGAUCAUCCAAUAAAACUUUGCUUUCAUUUUUGGCGGCAUUAUAAUAGAAUAAUCUGAAACAAAUCAAAUGUAAUGAUUAAGAUAAAUAAGUUGUUAAUCACGGUUUUGCUAAUGUGAAAUAAAGGUAUUUGGCAGGCUUGUAUGUAUAACUAGAUUGUACCCCCGCCUUAUGUUAUAUCUUAUUAUGUUCUUCCUUAGGGUCAACUUAAUCUUUGUACCAAAUUUGAUAAAAAUCGGUUCAGUGCUUUAGAUGUGAAAGCGUAACAGCCAGACAGAGUUACUUUCGUAUUUAUAAAAAAAGUACAGAUAGACAACCCGUCAUAAAAAAUUGUACAUUUCAUAUGUAUUUUGUUAUAAACUUCGACAUUACAGACAUUUCAAAAUUAUUGUCAUAAACAUAUUAUAAACUAGCGACCCGCCCCGGCUUCGCACGGAUGCACAGCCGAUACUAAAUAUAUCCAUCUCUAUUAGAACUAACUAAAGGACCGCCCGCAAAGCGGCUAACUAAGUCUUGCUCACUUCGCAAAGGGCCGUGCAGCAGAAAUGGUAAUAUUUUAAUUUCACCACAACUUCAAAACCAAACGUCCAAUUUUAAUCAUUCAAAGACCAAAUAUUAUCUACAUAAACUGUACUUAUUGAUGAAAUUAUUUAUUUUAAUAAGGAUUAAUAGCAUGAGUAAAAAAACGCGUUUAAAUGUAGACCAAAAAAAAUGUGGUUGUUGUGCCUCACUCGACAUAGAUAGGUAUAGUGUGUCGCGGACUUUUUUGUAGAUAUUUAUAAGAUCUACAGUUAAUUAAAACAUUUUAUGGUUCUAUCUUUUGUAGUUUAGGCAGCGUACGCAAAAUAAGUAACUUAUUGGUUGAUUUUUUUCAGUUUGUGUCCGGGUAGGGAUAGGGUUCCGUAAUCCAAAUAUAUUACGGAACCCUAUUUUUUUCCAAAAUAAAAUAUAAUCUAUGUUACUCGUGGAUAAUGUAGCUUUCGAAUGGUGAAAGAAUUUUUCAAAUCGGUCCAGUAGUUUUUGUGCCUAUUCAUUACAACCAAACAAACAAACAAAGUUUUCCUCUUUAUAAUAUUAAUGUAGAAGUGUAGAUAAGACUAUCCUCGAUGCUUGACUGUCUACAUAUAUUAAAACACAAUAAAUAAAUAUCAGGUUAUUUUAUUACCUUCCAGACGGAUCAGUAAGAACCGAAUAAGCGCCAUCUUUCAGCUGGAAGUCACUACUGGAGUCUGUCCAAUAGAAAUCCCCGUUGUCGGCCAAAGCUAUUGAGUUAAACAACAUGGGUAAUCGACCUUCGAUGGCCACGCGGGGAGACACCAACAGCUGCUUCUUGUCGGUUUUGAGGUCAACCUUCCAAAUGCCAUGGUAUGCAUCAGCUAUAUACAGUUGAUUCGUUUUUUCAUUUAUUGCAAAGCCUAAAGGACGACCGCAUAUGUGUUCUUGUGUUAAGCUAGCUGCAAAUGUAAAAUAUUUUAAUAAAAAAGGUGUGAUUUUUUAUAAUAUACUUUUUUUUGUUUAA